UAUAUGAGGGAUCAAACUCAAAGAACAACAUAACCAUCCCAACUCAAUUUUUCUUGCAAUCCUGAUUCUGGUAAAGGGGGGAAGAGAUGCAAGUCGGCUCGAGUUUUGCGGUUGCAGAAAGCGGGUACCUUCCUAGCGAGAAGUUUGACGACGAUGGAAGGAUAAAACGGACAGGGACUUGGAAAAGUGCAACCGCGCAUAUAAUAACAGCUGUGAUUGGGUCGGGUGUGUUGUCAUUGGCAUGGUGUUUUGCUCAGCUAGGAUGGAUUGCGGGAUCCAUUACCCUCGCGUUGUUUUCUGUAAUCACGAUGUAUAACUCGAUUUUGUUGACGGAUUGCUACCGUUCACCGGAUCCGGUUACGGGCACCAGAAACUAUAGUUAUAUGGAUGCUGUAAAAUCCAAUCUCGGACCACUUCAGUAUAAGCUUUGUGGCAUAGCUCAGUAUGGCGUUCUCGUCGGAAUCACCAUCGGAUACACCACAACCACCGCAAUCAGCAUGGCUGCAAUCCAAAGAUCCAACUGUUUCCAUAAACAAGGUCAUGAAGCAGGGUGUCAUGUGAGCAACAACAUGUUUAUGGUGAUUUUUGCCGUUAUUCAGAUCAUCCUAAGCCAAGUCCCCAACUUCCAUAAGUUGUCACCUAUAUCAGUCGUCGCUGCUAUCAUGUCGUUCUCCUAUUCGUUGAUCGGCAUCGGUCUUUCAAUUGCCAAAAUUGCUGAACACGGGAUUGCGAAGACGAGUCUAACAGGAAUACCGGUCGGACCAAACCUUUCCGGCAUGGAGAAAAUGUGGAGAACUUUCUCUGCUCUAGGAGAUGUUGCUUUCGCCUAUUCGUUUUGCUUCGUCCUCAUAGAAAUUCAGGACACUUUGAAAUCGAGCCCGCCGGAAAACAAGCAAAUGAAAGUGGCCACCGCUGCCGGAAUCAUGGCAUCUACUGUGUUUUAUAUGCUUUGUGGGGUGCUGGGAUAUGCGGCUUUCGGGAACGAUGCACCGGGAAACUUCUUGACCGGGUUUGGGUUCUACGACCCGUAUUGGCUGGUAGAUAUUGGUAACAUUUGCAUUGUUAUUCAUCUUCUUGGUGCUUAUCAGGUACUUGCACAACCGUUAUUCGGGUUUAUGGAGACUUCCAGCAAAAAGAAAUGGCCACAAAACAAACUCGUCACAAGAGAGUACUCAUUGUGCGGAUUCGAACUCAACACAUUCAGAUUUGCUUCGAGGGCAAGUUACGUGAUUGUGACAACAAUAAUCGCGAUGUUAUUCCCGUUUUUUAACGACUUUGUGGGCUUGCUUGGUGCUGGUACAUUUUGGCCGUUAUCAGUUUAUUUCCCUAUAGAGAUGUACAUCUCACAAGCCAAGAUCCGCAAGUACUCCUUCACUUGGAUUUGGAUGCAGAUACUGAGCCUAGCUUGCUUGAUUGUGUCACUAGUUGCUGCGGUUGGGUCGACCCGUGGGCUCAUCACUUCGGUUGAAUCAUUCAAGCCGUUUCAAUCUGUUUCGUAACUUACCCGAACGGGUUGGUUUUAAAUGUUUCCAAUAGGGUAACUAAGGUGCCUUUCAACAUAAGUUUAUUUCCAUAUAGAGAUGUACAUUUCAUUGUACAAGUAGGAAUCUGUAUUUACAUGUGUCUGGAAUGAAAGGGAUCGCGUUAUUGGUUA